AUGCCAAACUUCGACCGUAUAUUGGCUUAUUAUUCGAUUGAAGAAGUGUAUCGGUUAAUAUUUGGUGAUCUUUCGGAAGAACUAGAAAACGCAACUGAAGCUUAUAAAGAUUCUUUAGAAGGUAAAGGCAUUGAAAGCCAUAUGAAAAAGAUCGUUGUUUUAGAUGAUGAUGAAGUCUGUGCAGUUUUCCUUCAGGAUAUGAUUAGUGUUGGUGAUGAUGGUAGUACGGUAUUUUUGAAGUGUUCACAUGCUUUCCAUCACAAGUGUAUAUUGGAAUGGUCGACGAGGAAAUAUAAUUGUCCUCUUUGUAGACAUAAUAUGCGCAUAGACCGACCACCAAAUCUCAAACGUAGGAGAUUGUCCCAUGAUGCCGAAGAAAUUAAAGACGAAACAAGUACUACUCAUCGCCAGCAGAAAGCAUAA